AUGAAUCCUGUUGAUUUUAUCCUUGGGCUACUUUUCCCAAUCCAGACUGGGGUUGGGGUGGCAGGGAACACCCUUCUUCUCUCAGUCUAUGCCCCCACAUCCUGUACUGCCCAUGCACCGAGGCCCACGCACCUGAUUCUCACCCACAUGGCUGUGGCCAACUUCUUGGUUCUUCUCUUCAAGGGGAUUCCCCAUACGAUGUUAAUCUGGGGAAUAACACCCAUCCUGGGAAACACGGGAUGCAGACUUGUGUACUAUAUCCACAGAGUGGCCCGGGGCCUUUGUCUCUGCACCACUUGCCUCCUGAGCAACUUCCAGGCCAUCACCAUCAGCCCGAGAUCUGGAAGGAGGAUGGGGCUCAAAGACCAAGCUCGUAAGAACAUCAGUUUCUCCUGUGCUCUGUGUUGGAUCUUCAACUUGCUGAUAAAUACCUUCAUUCCUAUAGAUAUUACGGGCCUGAAACAUACCUACAAUUCCACCAAGGUAUGGAAAUAUAGUCUAUGCUCUUCUAAAAAUUCUGAAACACCUUCAAAAUAUACAUUUCUAUUGACCUUCCCAGAUGUUGUGUUCCUGGGACUCAUGGCUGGGGCCAGUGUCUAUAUGGUGCUUCUCCUAUAUAGACACCAGCAGACAGUAAAGCAUAUUCACACCACCAACAACUCCCACAGAUUCUCCCCUGAGACAAAAGCCACUCAAACCAUUCUGCUUCUAGCAAGCACCUUUGUAUUGUUUUAUUUAAUCAAUUCAUUGAUUACAAUUUACCUUUCAAGUUUUUUAAAACCUCACACCGGGCUGCAGCAUAUCACUACUUUUCUGGCAGCCUGCUAUCCCACCAUCAGCCCACUGAUAUUGAUGCUUUGA